AUGGGAGGGGAGUCGACCGUGGCAAGGAGGAGUGCGUAUGUGUAUAAUGUCAACCAGUGUUCUGUAAAAACAAGGUAUCGAAGUCUUAACAUGGAUUUUGGACAUCCUCCACCGAAUAUGGGCAUGCCCCCUCCCGGCAUGGGUGGUCUAAUGGGCCCACCAGGUCGUAACAACAUCCGCCAUAAUUUUAGACCUUUCAACUACCAGAUGCGCUUUCCUCCUCAGGGUCCCCUGAAUAUGACUCAAGACGACUUUGAUGAUAAAGAGGUUGGAUGUAUUGAAGGUGCUCAUGAAUCAAUUGUGUGGACUAUGGCUUGGCAUCCCUUGGGCCAUAUAUUAUGUUCUGGUUCAAAUGAUCAUACAUCAAAAUUUUGGACUCGUAAUCGCCCUGGAGAUCAAAUGAGGGACAAAUAUAAUUUGAAUACUCUCCCACCUGGUGUGCAAGAUGAUCACGAUUUAGAGGAACCAGCUAUCAUACCAGGAAUGGGGCCUGAAGAUAAGGUAGAAAUAUUUUCAUCAGAUACUGAUAAGGUUAUACCUGGUUUAGAUUUAGAUACUACAUUUAUCCCAAUGGAGUUUGAAAAGAAAGCUAAGAAGGUGCCAUAUAGCAAGCCUAUACCACGAAAUUUCCAAGCUCAGUGGAAUCAUGGACCGACUGUGGAUGAUGCAGCAACUGAAGCUUUGACCCAAGCAUUGGUUGAAUCAGUACCAGGUGCUGUACCUCUUCAACAAUUGACACCAUCAGCAAUAUUUAUCUAUGGAAAACUAAUAACAGUUGACGCUGGUUCUAAAUUAGAGAAAGCAAUUUUGGAUGGCCCUAUUGCAUUGAAGAAAUACAUUGCAACUGGUGAAAUAGAAGAGUUGCAUGAUAUGAUGCCUCAUUUAGAGAAUGAUGACAACUUUCAACCUUUUGAAUAUCCCACACAAGAAAGUGAAUCUGAUGCUGCUGAUGAUGAAAACAAAGAAAAAGAGAAUUUUGAAGAUGAAGAAUAUUUUGAAAAUUCACAAGAUACUAAUAAACAAACUACCGAAGAACAGGACUUUGAUAAUUUCGACAAUGGAUCUGAAAUGAACAAUAUAGUGCCUUUGAAUAAUAUGCCACAAAUGGGUCUGAUGAGACCACCAGUACCUAUGAAUAUGGGCCCCAUGAGGCCUCCAAUGGGUCCUCCAUUAAGUCAUAUGGGGCCAAUGAACAUACCACCACCAUUAUUACCUGGUAUGCCACCAAUGGGAACUAUGCCUCCUAUGCCAAACAUGCCUCCAAUGAGUAAUAUGCCGCCCCCCAUUGGUAGUAUGCCUCCACAUCCCCCAUAUCCAGACAAUGGUUAUCCUAAAAGUCCCUUUGAUACUGGCUAUGAAAAUCAGUCAUUUUCACAAAAUAACGAAGAUUACAAUGAAGGAGAACCUUUUGAGCAGAGCUAUGAAGAGGAUGGUUAUAAUGAUGAUGAUGAUAUGAAUGACAGUUUUAAUAGAAAUCAAAGAUGGGGUGGAAAUUAUAGAGGUAGAGGUCAUGACAGAGGGGAAAUAAUGGUGGACCCCGUGGUUCACCCUGGCCCCGAAGAGGUGGCGGCCUUCAUCGAACAUUUAGAAGAGGAAAUAAAUCAAUUUCAAACUAGCACAUGG